ACUCCCGCUGCCUGCCCUACCACAAGCCAGCCGCUCCAGCAACCGGAGGAGUAGGGGAGAGAGGGGGCGCGGCAUGGAGAUGAGCAGGGGGUGGCAGGAGCUCGGCGUCGUCGACACCAUCUACGAGGACGACCACGAGGAGGAGGACGAAGAGGAGGAGGAGGAGGAGCGCUUCGACUCGCCCACCAUGUCGUCCUCGGCGGCCACCUCGCGCUCGUGCUCCCCGGAGGUGGAGGAGGAGGAGGACGCCGCGGCGGCGCACCCGUCCCUGCCGCCGGCGCUCAGGCGCGCCGUGCAAGCAUGGUCGCGGGCCAACGGAUCGCGCAAGCCGGACGUGAUCGUUCGAGUCCAGGACCAUCGCCUCCCACUGCACAAGGACGCGAUCACGUCGCAGAGCAGCUACCUGAGGCGGCUGCUUUCGGAUUCCAGCGACGUCGCCGUCGCCCUGCCACUGGGCCUCACGUUCGACGCUUUCGUCCACGCCGUCGCGUCCUGCUACGGCUCCGACGAGGCGGCGGCGGCGCUGUCCCUGGCGAGCCUCGCGGGAACGUGGGCGGCGGCGGGCUGGCUGGAGCUGGGCGCGGGGCGGGGCCUGGCCCGCGCCGCGGAGGACUACUUCUUCCAGGAGGUGGCCACGGACCACGGCCGCGCCGCGGAGGUGCUGCGGUCGUGCGCGGCGUUCCUGGGCGGCGAGGCGGCCGGGCCCGCAGCGGACCUGCUCGCCCGGUGCCUGGAGGUGCUCGCGGCGUCCGGCGGCUACGGCGGGAGGUGGCUCGACGACGUGGCCGCGCUCCCCGUGGAGGAGUUCCUGGUGGCCGUGGGGGCCAUGCAAGCGCGGUUCGCGCACGACCAUGACCUCAUGUACACCGUGGUGGAUCACUACCUGGAGAACCACAAGGGGAAGCUGACGGAGGAGGACAAGGGAAGGCUGUGCUACAACGUCAACUGCACCAAGCUGUCGCAGCAUCUCUUCAUGCACCUGGUCCAGAACCCGCGCCUGCCGCUCCGCUUCGUCGUGCAGGCCAUGCUCGUCGAGCAGCUCCACUCCCACCACUCCAUGCUCCUCAGCCACCACCACCACACCGCCGCACCGGCGCCGGGGCAGCCGGCAGCGCCGAUCCUCAAGCCUUCCCUCUCGGGCGCCUUCAGCGGCGGCGUCGCGGGGGACGCCGCCAGCAUGACGCUCGGCGACAUCCUCCAGCGCGACGCCGCGCUGCGCCAGUCCGCGCACAUCCGCGCGUCCAUGCAGGCCACCAGCCUCCGCAUCGAGACCCUCGAGCGCGAGCUCGCGAGCCUCCGCACCCGCCUGCGCCGCUCCGAGCAGCAGCAGCAGGCCGAGGCCGCGGCCGGCGCCUCCGCGAUCGACCGCGCGCCGGGCAAGUCCGCCAGCUUUCGGAUCCCGCGCAGCCGGCUUUGGGACGGCGAGGAGCUCGCGCCCGUCGGCUCCAGGCGCGCCGCCGCAAGGGACGGCAACGCGAGGGGCUUCAAGUCGCGGCUGGUGCACGGGUUCAAGAACCUGUUCGGCAGGAGGCGAGGGGCCCCAGGCGCGCCGUCCCCGUGCGGCGAGGACGCCAGCACCCGCUGCUUCAGCGACAAACGCGCGGCUGCCGCUGAGCUGGAGCUGGAGAUCGACGACGACGAGGUGCUCUGCGUGGAGGAGAGGUGGCGGCCUCACCGGAGAAACCACUCCCUCGUAUGACCGCUCGUUACGGAGGGAUCGCCGGCGUCGUUGGUGCGCUGUGCGCGUGCACGGCAAACAACAUUGCGUGUAGGGGUGGAGUCGUGGGAGAUCCUUGGGAAAUGAUCACGCCACUGUUUACACACGGCCAUAUGACAUCGUAUGAUUUGUUAGCUUUGUCUCUGUGUGAUGGAAGAUGACGGUUCUUUGAUGCAAGGCUCAAGAACCAGCCUCACGUUUUUAACAUGUCGAUGCUGACAGAAUGUGAGGGGUAGUCGUUAUGUUGUGGUUUUACGCAAACGCAAUAGUGCCGUGUCUUCUUUAUUUUUGUUUUU